GCGGAAGAGCCCGCUUUCCUGCGCUUUUCGUCUCCGCAGAUCUUUCUCCCCCUUCUUUAAUGCUACUUUGCUAAUGUCUUCUUGCUCUGUUUCCUUCACCGUUUGGUCCCGAGGAACUAUUUUACCUUUUAUUGAAAUGGUACUUGCCAAGUAGUAGUAUUUUAUCUUUAUUACACGGUCCCAGAAAAAAAAAACCCCUUUUCUCAUGGUAUAUGCCUAAAUGUUGUAUUGAUACCGAUGAGUGUCUGGAGACUGGAGUUGCGUGAUUCCUUUCACAAGAUGGGUGAAAUCAGUGUGCUACCUGGAUUUCUUCAUCUCGUGAGUUUAGGCUGCUUACACAAGGGGCAAAAAAUUGGAUUCCUUUUCUUUGUACGAGAAGUCAAACGCGAAUCCAGUGUUUCUUUUGACAUUUCAAAGCCCGAAGCAACUGCUUCUGUUAAGAGGAAAAGGGUGAAACGAGAACUUGAAUUAAAUGGGGAGCAUCAUAAGAAGCAGUUUGGUGUUGUCCCUGACAUCGAGGAUUUUCGAUAUGAAAAGGCCAAAACAUUGACAGCGUCAAGUAAGGCAACAGCAUCUUCGGUCAAGGUGGAGAAAAAGGUCAGAGUUUCUUCAGUAAUAAAAGUCAUUUGUGCAGUUGGAGCUCCAGAUAACUGGGAGGCAGUUCUUGGAGGCAUUAAAAGCAUGAGGUUAUCUGGUGAAGCCCCCGUAGAUACGAAGGGCUGUGAAAAGGCUGGUUCUCUCCUUCCACCCAAGGAAAGAAGAUUUGCAGUUCUGAUAUCAACUAUGAUGUCAAGCCAGACAAAAGAUGAAGUUACGCAUGCUGCUGUGGAACGCCUCUCUGAAAACGGUUUACUUGAUCCUGAUGCUAUAGUGAGGACUGAUGAGACCACGCUUGCGAAUCUUAUCAAACCUGUCGGAUUCUAUCAGAGAAAGGCACAGUUCAUAAAAGAAGCUUCUAAAAUUUGUCUUGAACGUUUUGGAGGGGAUAUUCCAGAUUCUCUGAAUGAGCUGCUUGCUCUGAGAGGAGUUGGCCCUAAAAUGGCUCAUUUGGUAAUAAUCUACUUAUUCUCUCCUUUGUGGUUGAAAUAUGAACAUAAAUAUCUUCAUGGGUAUCUUUCUUUAACUAAACAGGUGAUGAGCAUUGCUUGGAAGAAUACUCAAGGAAUCUGCGUUGACACUCAUGUGCAUCGCAUUUCUAAUCGACUUGGGUGGGUUUUUCGGGAAGGAACAAAACAGAAAACUACGACACCAGAACAGACAAGAAUUUCUCUAGAGAAAUGGCUACCCAAGGAUGAGUGGGAACCUAUAAAUCCAUUACUGGUUGGAUUUGGGCAAACUAUCUGUACUCCACUGAGGCCCAAAUGCGACAACUGUGGCAUCAAUAACCUUUGCCCUUCUGCUUUCAAGGAAUCAUCAAGCCCAAAUCCAAAGCAAAAGAAAACAAGGUCUCCAUAGAACUCUUGACUAUGACUGGUCUGACACCGAAGUGAGAUAAUAUUUUGGGUUGUCCGUCGGUGGUUAAUAUUAUGGGGUUUUCUUUUGGUCGAUCUAUGCACCGAAGUGAGAUAAUAUUUUUGGUUGUCCGUCGGUGGUUAAUAUUAUGGGGUUUUCAUUUGGUCGAUCUAUUGUUGGAUCACCUUGGUGCCAUACCAUUGGCAUUUGGCAAGUCAUGUAUCUUUUUGUAUACCAGUAAAUUGUUCAAGACGGUAUAAAGACACGUUUAUCUACCAGUCACUGUAAAAAUUACUGGUAGCAAGCAAAAUUUUCAUGUGUCAAUGA